AAUUAGAAAAGAAUGAAAUGAAACGCCCCACUGGUUCCUACCUUCCUGUACAGACGUGAAACUUCGAUAACUACGGCCCAAAUUUCAUUUUUGCAAAAUCAGAUUUUUCUGUACAUGGAAAUGAAAACUACGUUUGAAGAUUAGGGCAUGAAAUUUAUGCAUCGUCGGUCAUCACCAUCAAAUCGGCCUCGUAGCUCCUUCACGGAUCGUCUUGAUUAAAUUAACCUAAAGGUAAUUUCCACUUCCUUCUAGGGUUUCAAUCCAACUGUGGUUUUCCAACAUAAUUUGACUUCUCUGAGAAAUUCGAUUUCCCCCAUUUUGCAUUUAAGCCAUCUUGUUACCGAGUGAAGCAGUGUAAACUUAUUUCUCAUCUCCAAUAUCAUUAUUGCCCUAAAGUUGCAUCUGUUAAAGUCUGUAAAUUGUUGAGUUCGGAGGAAAACGAGUUGUUGAUUGUGUUUUAGGAAGACCGCGAAAAUGGAGUUAAUUAACCAUCAGGUUAUAUAUGUUGAUGAAUUAAAACAUGGUUAAGAGACUUAAUCAUCAGCCUGUUUGCAAGCACAUGUGAUUCCUGGAAGAUCUUCUGUAUGGAAGUGUAGAUAAUUACUGCACUGAUACUGAUUAUUCAUUUUGGUCUCCUCUCAGUUUCAUCUAUUUUACCAUUUAUCACCAUGGGAAGCAAAGGUAGACUUCCUCCUCCUCAUCAUUUAAGGCGUCCACUACCUGGCCCUGGAAUCGGACAUCAUGAUUCCAUUCCUCCUGAAAUCCAUCCUCAACAUGGUCGUUUUCCUCCAUAUGAUAUGUUACCACAUCCAGAAAUCAUGGAACAAAAGCUUGCUGCACAGCACAUGGAAAUGCAGAAACUUGCAACAGAAAACCAAAGGUUAGCUGCUACUCAUGGAACCUUGAGGCAUGAUGUUGCAGCCAUACAACAUGAGCUACAAAUGUUACAUAACCACAUAGGAGGUGUAAAAUCAGAAAGAGAACAUCAAAUAAUGGGGAUCUUAGACAAAAUCGGGAAAAUGGAAGCAGAUCUCCAAGGUGCAGAGCCACUUAAACUAGAACUGCAUCAGGCACGAACAGAGGCACAGAGCUUGGUUUCAGCUAGGGAAGAACUCGUUACAAGAGUACAGAAACUAACAGAAGAUCAUCAGAGAGUUCACAUGGAUUUGCAACAGGUUCCUGCUUUGAUGUCAGAACUUGAUAUGCUUAGACAAGAGUAUCAGCAUUGUAGGGCAACUUAUGAGUAUGAGAAGAAAGUUUACAACGAUCAUUUAGAGUCUCUUCAGGUGAUGGAAAAGAACUAUAUGACAAUGGCAAGCGAAGUGGAAAAGCUUCGAGCUGAAUUAAAGAAACACGCUGAAAACGACAGGAGGGCGGGUGGGCCCUAUGCUGGUUACAAUGAGAAAGAAGCUUCUGGACAUAAUCCUGUAGGACAACACACUUUUGAAUCAGCCUAUGGUGUUGCGGGUGCUGCUCCAGGUUAUGGACCUGGACCAGUGGUUCCAGGUUAUGGUCUUCAUAAAGGACCGGGUCCUGGUGCACCACCUUAUGAACCACAAAGAGGACCAGGGUAUGAGCCACAGAGAUAUGAUCCGCAUAGAGUAGGACCUGGUUAUGAUUUGUACAGAGGACCUGGUUAUGAUAUGCAACGUGGGUCCGGUUAUGAUGCACGGAGAGGAUCUAAUUCUGAUGCACAAGAUGCGGCUAAUGUUUCGUAUGGUUCAGUGGCGGUGACUGGUCAUGGUGGAAGUGGGUUUCAGGGAAUACAGCCGCCACCGCCGCCAGUGGUGGAUGGUAACCACCCUGCCCGGAGAUAGAGUAGCUUGUGUUUGGAAAAUGAACUAAUCUUGAUUUUGUUUUUUUUAUUUGAUGUGAUAUUCUGGGUUGAUUUGAAAGUUACAGUGAUGAGGUUGCUUUCUUGGAA